GGAGGAUGGAUCACUCUCCCCUUCAUAGCUGGGAGCAUGCUGGGGCUGGGGCUGGCCGUCAACGGGACGACCAGCAACCUGCUGGUGUACCUGCUCAAGGAGUACAACGUGGAGAGCAUCGACGCCGCGCAGAUCGCCAACAUCGCUCGCGGCUCCCUCAACCUCGUGCCGGUCGCCGGCGCCGUCCUCGCCGACUCCUACCUCGGCUCCUUCCCCGUCAUCCUCGCUGGUGCCGUCAUCAACCUCCUGGUCCGACCCCUACCAACUUAAUUUGCUGCCCUCCCAAAACAACCCGUCUCCGAUCUGCCUCGCUAUGGACUUUUCACUUUUAUUAGUUGCCUUGUCUUUUUUUUCCCUGAUCGAAGUUGCGCUUUCGAGUUACUCCUGUAAAAAAAAAUAUAAGAUCGUUUAGAUCACUAAAGCAAUGAUGUAAACAAUCUUAUAUUUCUCUACAGAGAGAGUACAUGGAAACUGGAGAAGUGGGGCAACACAGUAUGUGACGGCAUUUUUUUUUUCUUUUGAGAAUCACGUGUGACGCUAACUACCAAAUUUAUAUUAGAUAAAAUGGAUUUCUUCUUUUGGGGGGUGGACAUAAAAUGGGUUUGAAGAAAUGCGUAAUGGAACCCUUUAUGUGAAAAGUUCAAAGUUCAAAUUCUUAGGCGUCGUUUGCUUUUUUAUUUUACCUUUUUUCACUCAUCUCCAAGUAUAUAUAUACCAGUAGCUUCAUGGGAGGUCCGCGUGGUGUAUCUCGAGCCCCAUUGUAGACUCCAACAUCCAAAACUAACUAAGUAGCUAGGAUCGAGAGCAGCUGGAGAUGGAUAGCUCCACUAACUCUAAACUCAAGCCGUUCGUCGACAAGGAAGAAGCCCAAGAGAAACCAGGCAGAGAGCGAGGAGGAUGGAUCACUCUCCCCUUCAUAGCUGGGAGCAUGCUGGGGCUGGGGCUGGCCGUCAACGGGACGACCAGCAACCUGCUGGUGUACCUGCUCAAGGAGUACAACGUGGAGAGCAUCGACGCCGCGCAGAUCGCCAACAUCGCUCGCGGCUCCCUCAACCUCGUGCCGGUCGCCGGCGCCGUCCUCGCCGACUCCUACCUCGGCUCCUUCCCCGUCAUCCUCGCUGGUGCCGUCAUCAACCUCCUGGCUUUCGUGUUGUUCACGCUCACCGCAGCAGUGCCGUCCCUGCGGCCGCCACACUGCACAUCGCCGUCCACCGUCGGGUGCCAGCACGGAUCCCCAGGGCAACUUGUCAUGUUGUAUGCCGCCAUAUUCCUUCUCGCCAUUGGCACCGGCGGCACACGUUUCAACAUCGCAACAAUGGGUGCAGACCAGUUCGUCAGCACCCGUGAGCAAGACACCUUCUUCAACUGGUACUUUGUCUUCCUCUAUGGCUCCUUCAUCGUUGGCGACACGGCCAUCGUCUACAUCCAGGACGGCGUGUCGUGGGCUGUGGGGUUCGGCGUCUGUCUCGCCGCGUCGACGUUUAGCCUGGCGAUGGUUCUUCUGGGCGCACGGUAUUACCGGAUGCCCGCAACAAAGGGCAGCCCCUACACAGACCUGGCUCGCGUCGUCGUGGCCGCCGUGCGCAAGGCUAACAUCCAAGUCGACACGAAUGGUGGUGUGCACUACAACGUAGGAGACGGUGUCGUCGUGGACUCGACCAGCGAUGGGGCACCAAGUAAAAGCUUAAGAUUUCUAAAUCGAGCCGCCAUGAUCACAAGUGCAAGCGACAAUUUCGGGGGUGCAUCAUGUCCUAACGCCUGGCGGUUGUGCACGGUGCAGCAGGUCGAAGACCUCAAAUCCCUCCUCGGUGUCUUCCCGUUGUGGUCGUCCGGCAUAAUGGUUAGUGUGUCGAUCGGAGUGAUGAUUGGCAUGAUCAUCCUACAGGCCCUCGUCAUGGACCGCUCGCUCGGACCACACUUCAACAUCCCUGCGGGGGCUAUCUCUGUCUGCUCCCUCGUCGCAUUCAUCGUGGCAACCCCGGUCCUGGACCGCGCCGUCUUCCCACUCUGGCACAGGAUCACCAGCACCCCGGCAUCCCCGCUGCAGCGCGUGGGACUCGGCCAUGUGGUGAAUGUUGUAGGCUUGGUUGCCGCCGCACUGGUGGAGCGCCGGAGGCUUGGUAGCAUGCGUGCGCACCCCGGUGUGCCCAUGUCCGUGUUGUGGCUCAUGCUCCCGCUGAGCAUCGUCGGGGCCGAAGAGGCCCUACACUUCCCUGGUAACAUGGCCUUCUACUACCUGGAGUUCCCCAAGACGCUACGGAGCCUGGCUACAGCUAUGGCACCACUGCUCAUCGCGAUGGGAUUCUACCUAAGCACGGUGUUCAUGGACGUGGUGAGGUGGGUCACGGUGUGGCUGCCGGGGAACAUAGACCAAGGGAGGCUAGACAAUGUUUAUUGGACACUGGCGGUGGCAGCGACACUCAAUUUUGGCUACUUCCUCGUCUGUGUCUGGCGAUACAAGUACCAUAACCGAGGGACGGGUGUGGCAAUGUAGACAAGGAUAUUAUGUGUGAUUUGUCCAUGAAUAAAAUAGCAAUAUGUGUUACCAAAAUUCUCAGUUUUCUCUUCUCAUUCAUACGUUACAAAAUGGGUGUAUUGGGUAGAGCAAGGAGGAACAAAAUGAUAAUGUACCAACUCCAUUUUGUAAAUA